UCUGAUUUUAGUGAGCUACUUUUGCCAUUCUGCAAUUGGUGCGGUUGUACCUGAGUACACCAACGCUAGUGUAGAAAAUGCAGCUGUAGCAUGUGAGAUCAAUCCAUUCGAAGGAGCUAAUCCAACUCCACUGUUGGUUCGUUCCACCAGUUUUGUAUAUCCAUCAUCAGUUGGACGACGCACAAUCACUUUAGCUGCUGGGGAAACUGUAGAUUUUGCGUGUCCUGGAGGUAGACUGGUUUUGGAGGGCGUCUCAACCACUCUACAAGUAGCCACAGCUUCUUGCGUUUCUGGUGUUAGAUUCGUCGUAAACAAUGCAAGAUAUCUUUGGCGACAAAUUCAGUGUUCCGUUAAUCCAGUCACCACUGCCAGAUUAACAGGAAACAGUUGCGAGUCCAACGGACGUGAAGCCGAAAUUGGUUUCGCAGUUACAACAAGUCGAUUUGUCAGAACUAUACAAAUCUGCUUCAAUCAGGCUACCCAAUCACCAAUUUACACAUACUACGAUUUAAUUCCUGCAAUUACUCAGCAAGUAAGAGGUACACCCCGACCAAGUUGGACUCAGGGAACUGGAAUAUUUACAUUAACCAACGUCAACAAUCUUUUCACCCAAGCAACGCAAAGAGUAACCAUCAAUGCCCUACUCGGUCUACCAACCGGCAGUUUCAAUGUUAUCCAAAACAACAAUAACUACUUCUUGUCCAGGGGACAUCUAACGGCAACGAGUGACUUCUUCUAUGCCGCUCAACAAAACAGCACUUUCCAGUUUUUGAACGCGUUACCUCAAUGGCAAACGUUCAAUGGUUUCAACUGGGAUCAAGCUGAGACUGAUGUUCAAGACUACGCUGAGAGUAAUAAUGUUAACUUACAAGUUUGGACAGGAGGAUUUGGUGUAACCACUCUACCACAUGCAACAACAGGCAGAGAAACUGAACUCUACCUUCAUGUAAGUGGCACCCAAAGGUCACUUCCCGUUCCCGAAAUAUUCUGGAAAGUUGUCUACAAUCCGAUUUCGCAAAGAGGCGUUGCCCUCAUCGGAGUAAAUAAUCCAUACAAAACUGCGGCCCAAAUUAAUCGGUUUUGCGAUGAUAGAUCAGAUCUGCUGCCCUGGUUGAACUGGCAACGAAACAACCAGAUGAGAGGAAUUUCAUGGGCAUGUACAGUAACAGCGUUUAGGAGAAUCGUCAACACUUUUCCUGAUAUCGAAAUCAGA